GGGUCGUGUGCGUCUGUAUGUGUGUGUGAACACGCCAGGUAGAGUGUGUGUGUGUGUGCGUGUGCCUGUAAUUUCUGUGAUGCGUUGAUUGGUACGUCCCUAAUACGUGUCACAACAUUUGGUGGAUUACCCUACUUUUUCUUGCAUCACAUACAGAAGUACCUCUCGUUUUUGCUCCUUGUCAGAACCUGAUCUCCACGGCGAAGCAAGGCUGAGGUCAUUCCCACCCUUAGGCGCAACAAGUUCUCACUUGUGCUUUGACGACUCACAAGAGGCAGAAUGUUAUCAGUAUUACAUUUUAUUAUUUCUCUCUCGUCUGCUACCACUUUGGGCAUAUUUAGAAGACAACCGCAGUGCGGAAUGUACUCAGUGAUGAUCACAGUUUUGCUACUGGGUGCUUUUACUAUUGAAGGACUGGAAGCAGCGGCAACAGCUAGAGCGUCUCCGGGGUGCGCUUCUUGCGCUUUGUCGAUGAUGGAGAAGGGGUCGGAAGAUAAGCUUUUGAUCGAAAUAGCCAAGCAACAGAUCUUGAAGAAACUGCAUCUGAAAGAGAGGCCGAAUAUCACCAGCACAAUUCCCCGAGCAGCGCUGAUGACCGCUCUUCGGAAACUUCACGCGGGACGGGUGAAGCAGGAUGGGACGCUGGAGUUGGAUGCCAACCUGAACACACAAAGAGAUCAAGCUUACGAGAUCGUGAGUUUCGCAGAUAUGGACAACGGUGGAAGUGAGCCCAGCCUGAGCUUCCAGUUUGUGCAGGAGCAAGGGCACAGCGUGCAGGUGCUGCAGUCUUCCCUGUGGCUGUACGUUCCCUCUGCUGAUGUUGCCCAGAUGAAGGCGCACAUCUUCUUGUCGGGGCAGGGAGGCUCCAACCGCACACUGCUAAUGCAAAAGACCCUGGAGGUGCAGAAGAGCGACUGGCACACCUUCUCUCUAACGCGCACUCUACAGGCCUUCUUGGACGGCGGCCAGCGGCGCCUGCAGCUGGAGGUACAUUGCGAGGACGGAGGGAAGAACCUGUGUAAUUCGCACGACACGGCCCACCAGCCUUUCCUGGUAGCCCAGGUGCGUCUCCGGGAUGACGAGUCCACGCACGCCUUGACGAAGCGCUCCCUGCGUUGUGGAGAGGACGAGAGCGUGUGCUGCAAGAAGGACUUCUACAUCAAGUUCCGUGACAUCCAGUGGCAGGACUGGAUCAUCGCGCCCGAGGGCUACCACAUGAACUACUGCAUGGGCCAGUGCCCACAGCACCUGGCCGGCUCGCCGGGCAUUGCCUCGUCCUUCCACGCCACGGUUUUCAGCCAACUCAAGGCGAACGGCAUCCACAAGGCUGUGUCGUCAUGCUGUGUGCCCAUUCAGCGCCGGCCUCUGUCAAUGGUCUACUUCAAUUCCCAGCACAGCAUAGUCAAAACCGAUGUCCCUGACAUGAUAGUGGAGUCCUGUGGGUGCACGUAAAAUAAACACUUUAGCGCACAUUACGAGUUCAAUAUUGAAAGGAAAGAGAUAUUCGACUACAUGCACAGAAAUAUCAGCAGAAGUGUAUGUACAUUGCAUAUGCACAUACAUUAUGCAUAUAUUAUAUUUAUGCAUAUGACCAACAGGUGAUUCAAUCAGUCACCUGGUAUUGUGGUAACAAUAAUCUAGACCUGGAUUCAUGACAGUUGUUACCUAAAUGGGUCAAAUAGAAACCCCAAAGCCUUUGCUAUAUUCAGAGGUAUAAGUCAAUAUUACCCUGAUAUAGCUACUAUUUUGUUCUAUUAUGUUUGACAUAACUAUUUUUGUAAUGUUUCAUAUAUUACAUAUAUACUUUUAAGAUUUUAAUAAGUAAGUACAUACUGUAAGUUGUUAGUGUGCUGUACAGUAUGCAGUGCCUAGAGCUCAGGGGGGAAAAAUGUUAAAUCAUUUUAAAUACCAAGUUAAUAUGUGUUUCAUUCAAACCGGUACACCUAAAACACAAAGAAAAUAUUUUCCUAAAGAAUGAAUCAGGCCAAAUCAAAUUUAAGUUAAUGUCUUCUUCAAGUCUAAUUUCAGGUCUUCUUUCAAUGGCCUUAUUUAUGUCUGAAAUGCAUUUAUUGUAUAUUUCCCUAUGUUCUCUAACGUUUUAUUAUCAGGUUGCCAAAAGGGAGCGAAAUCCAGCACAACAUAGCCAUGGCCACUUAAACACAUUUCAGUAUAAUUACAGGGCGAGUUUCGUCACUUUUCAAGGGGAGCUCAUACAGAUAGUUUAGCCUAGUUUACACUUACUACUUUUGUUAGAAGUUUCUAAUGACUAUCUUGCUGACUAACUUCCUGGCAUUAGUCUGUCAUCACUAGGCCUUGAGAGUAUGAGAGCAUUUUUGCCUCUGAAUCGUUUUGAACCAGACUUUAACUAGAUCAUGGAGCAUUUCAGAUUGCCAUCAUCCAAUGCUUUUAGAGUAAAGAAAGUAGAUACAUGAGACCAAAGAGGAUGUUUUUAACAUGUCUGGGCACUAAACUGUUCUUUUUUUCAUGUCAGUUAACAGUAUUGAUGCAUUGUUUAAAGGCACCCAUUGGAUGUGCAGUGGUUAAAAUGAUUUCAUCAGCACCUACAGUGUAUUAUUUGUUCAGAUCCUUGCUGGGGCACGUGCUCCCUGCAGCAUGAACUUUAGGUUGUUACUCAAUGACAUGAGUAAACAUUUAGUUAUUGCCACAGGGUCUGUAAAUGUGAAGGUCUGUGGGAAAUUAUGGGCAAUGUGCAUGUUUUAUGGCACGUCUGACCUCUGAAGGGUUUAAAGUUUUAUGAUUUUGUAAAGCAUGAUUUUAGCUAUUUUUAAGACCAUGCAGAUAGUAUUUGUAGAUGCAAUUCUAUUCUUAAUUUCUGUGCUGAUGUAUACAUACAGCUAUACUCAAACAGGAGCCUUUCUUAGCUGACUUCCAGAAAUCUAUAAGCACUUCCUCAUUUGCUAUGAGCACCUGCAGAACCUGAGCUUUUUUUAUUGUGUUUUUUUCAAAGCACUUCCUGUCCCAAGUCUAUGUAUGAUAGUGGCAACCUUAAGAAACCAGUGUCUCAAUUUGUACCUGUGUAUAUUUUGCCUCUCAUUUGUUUUUGAUGCAAUUAACUGUUUGUCACUCAAAAUGCUGAAUAUUAUUAUGUAUCAUUCCAUUCUUUAUUUCAUUUUUGCCACAUAUCAACAAGCUAAUGUCUUACAACCACUAUCAGGAUCAGUAUAUUUUUGCAUCAGCACUUUAUAAUACCAAUAUGAUAAUGGAGAUUAACACUAGAUAUUUGGGGCACUCAUAAUAUGUCAAGAACAGAGAAAGUGCUCCAUUAUUUUUCUUGAGCUUUAAUGUGAGUCUCACUAUUCAAGCUUGUGUUAUGUUUUGUGUAUUUCUUUUGUGUUAUUUUUUUUUUUGCUAUCAGGUUACUGUAAAUUAUUUUAACAACUUUGGGAUACUUAUUGAAUCAAUUUUUCUUUAAUCUGUCAAUGUCAUUUUAUAUUUUCUUAUGUUUUAGAAGUAACAAUGAGUUGCAAUUUAAAGACUGUACUGUACAGCAUAUUACGAUUAUACUGUAACUGUGAUUACAGUAUAUUAAAGCAUAUAAAUAUAUUUUUAAUAAAGAUAUUUUACCUAUGAA